GCGGCCUGGGCCGGGAGCGAUCGGGGAAGGGGCACUCGGCUCACCAACUCCUGUUUAGAAUGUCCAAUCGGCAAGGACGGAUCACACCUACUACAACAAAAUCAGCACAAUCUGAAGCUGGCAGAUCUCAGUACAAUGAAGAAGAGACUUUUUACAGAAACUGCAGAGCAGCUUACCUGUCAGUAUUUGGUACCAGUUUGGAGAAUAUCACUUCCGAAGAUCAACUCUGCCUGGCUCUCCAGCAAGCUGGAAGGAAUCCUUCCAGAAAGACACUUGGAAAGUACUGGACUCAAUUUACCAAGAAGUUAAAUUUUGAUGACUUUUGUGAGAUCUUGAAAAAAGAACAACCGACAGAUAAGAAAGAAUUGAUGAAAGCUUUCAGAAAGAUUGAUUUAAAUAAUGAUGGAUACAUUGUGCAGGAAGAACUUUAUAAAGUACUCACCACUAAAGGCGAGAAGAUGACACAUGAAGAAGUGAAAAUGAUUAUGGAUGAAGCUGAUGUUAAUAAAGAUGGAAAACUAGACUAUAAUGAGUUUUGUAGAUUAUUUCUGAUGACAAUUGAAACAAGUCAAAAAAAUGCAGUAGCAAGAUUAGAUGCUGAUGCCAAGAUGAAACAACAACAGUUUGGAAGUUUGACUUCACUUGAAUGUUUAUCCUCGCCUUCAACAAAGUCACUGCUGGGAGCUUCUCAAAAUCAAGAGACUGAAACAAUUCCCAGAAAAGGUGAUGGUAGAUUUUCAUCGAGGCCCUCAACUGCUCGAAGUCAUAGGACCUCUGUUUCUUCUACCACUAACAUGGGAGCUAUCACUACAAAGAGCCUUAAAUUGUCAGAGCCCAGAACAAUAAAGAACUGGCAACAUGCUUGGUCAAAGGGAUGCUUUUUCCUAGAAGAUGAUGGUGGAAUUGUUAGUCAUUGGUAUAGACUGGAAUUGCAGCAAGCAACUAAUAUUUUUCUUACCAUCGGACCAUUAAACCUCAGCCAAACUGAAGAAAAAUUAUCGCCCUGGAUGAACGUGGAUACUGCAUUAUACGUUUUGAGGAAUGUUGGUGAUCCUGAAGCUCUGGAAGUUGUGUGUGCGACAGAAUUACGGGAAAAGGAGAGAUUUGGAUGGAAGGGAGAGCUCAGUUCAGGAGUUUAUCAUCUCAUCCCAUUCAGUACUGGCUGCAGAUUAAGGAAGAGGAGUAAAUCAAUGAUCCGAGAGGCCAAGCUGGUCCACAGGGAAAAUGGUGACUUAACACUCACCAAGGAAUUCAGGGCUGCUCUAUCAGACAUCUUUGAAGUCAUUGAUUUAGAUGGCAAUGGGCUUUUGAGCUUUGAAGAGUAUAACUUCUUUGAGUUGAGAACCAGUGGAGAGAAAUGUGACAGUGAAGCCUGGGCUAUGUGCCGAGAAAACUUUGACACAAAGAAAAACCAACUGACACGACAGGGUUUCAUGGAAUUGAACCUGAUGGAAGCCAAUGAUCGGGAAGGUGAUCCAGGAGAUCUCUGGGUAACACUUGAAUCAAUGGGUUACAACAGAGCACUGGAAAUGCAAGAGGCUUGUCCGUUUGUUGUUAAUAUCUAUGCAGAGGAUUGCAAACCUAAGCUGACACCGGUCAAUCUGGAAGCAGGUGGAAGUCUCCUCAAUUCAAUUAUCUGCAAAAAUGUCAUGAGUAAAGGAGAAGCAAAAACCAUGAAGGGUUACAAUGCAUUGGUGAUAUACACUUACAAGACUGAAACACUAAUCACUUCAGUAAUUGAAAAUAAAUCUGAAAGCAAAGUGAUCAUUCAUGUCAACAAUGAGAAGAGUAAAAACUGUGUCAGUAGUCGGGGUCUUAGUACUUUUGCAAUGGAAGUAUCACCAAGGACAACUACGGUCUGCCAACAUGUGAUGCCUGUCGAUGAGAGGCGAGAAUGGAUUUACUGCUGCACAGAAAGCAUUAUGACCUGAAAUGAGGUGUAGGAAAGGAGCUGCAUUAUUAAGCUGC